AUGCUCCUCUUCUCUCUCCCAGUGUUGGGCAGAGCCUCUGAGCUGGCCUUCCUGAAGGAGCCCAAUGAUGUCAUCGCAGUGCGUGACCGGCCCCUGAUGCUGGACUGCCAGGUGGAAGGGGAGGGGCCUAUCUCUGUGACGUGGCGGCGUAACGGCGUGCCCAUUCCCAUCGGGCCGAAGGCUAGCGUGUUGGCCAACGGAACUCUCCUGAUCAAGAGCUUCCAGAAGAGGAGAGAGAGCAACGAGACGGACGCUGGGGAGUAUGACUGUGCUGCCCAGAACCACUAUGGCAUGUUGAUCAGCCGCAAGGCCAGGGUUCAGCUGGCAUCUCUCCCUAAGUUCCACAUACACCCAGAGUCCAUGUCGGUGGAUGAGGGUGGCGUUGCCAGACUGACCUGCCAGGUGAACGGCAUCCCAGAGGCCAGCAUCUCCUGGGAGAAAAACAGAACCGCUUUGAAUACUGACGAUAACAGGUACACCAUCCUGCCCACGGGGAUCCUGCAGAUAACCGGUGUAAGGCGGGCUGACAGUGGUGGGUAUCGCUGCGUAGCCUCCAACAUCGCUAACACUCGCUACAGCCACGAGGCCCAGCUCACUGUCACUGUGGCAGCUCCACGGAUCUACAAGGAGCCGGUGAUUCUGUCGGGUCCUCAGAACCUGACCAUCACUGUGCACCAGACUGCCAUCUUGGAGUGCAUCGCCACUGGCAACCCUCGACCCAUCGUGUCCUGGAGUCGGCUGGACGGGCGCUCCAUCGGGGUGGAGGGUAUCCAGGUGCUGGGUACGGGGAACCUGAUGAUCUCAGAUGCCAACCUGCAACACUCUGGGGUGUACGUGUGCUCUGCCAACCGCCCUGGCACCAGGAUGAGGCGUACCGCGCUGGGCAGACUGGUGGUGCAGGCUCCUCCUGAGUUUUUGCAGUGGCCGCAGUCUGUCUCCAGACCAGCAGGGAGCAGUGCAGUGUUCACCUGUAUGGCCCAGGGUGUCCCCGAGCCUCACCUCAUCUGGCUGAAGAACGGCAAAAUCCUGACGCCUGGUGACAACGUCAAGCUCACCAACAAUAACAGUACGCUGGCGGUAACGCGCAUCACCACGGAGGAUGAGGCCAUCUACCAGUGUAUUGCUGAGAACAGCGCUGGCACCAACCAGGCCAGUGCCCGCCUGGCCCUCACCCAGUCCACGGAGUUGCCCGAGGCCCCCCAGGACCUGACGGCCAUGGCCCUGUCCCCCACCACCCUGCAGCUCACCUGGGCCCAGCCCUCCCCAGAGGUCACCGACGGCAUCAUCGGAUAUGUGCUGCACAUCCGCAUGUUUGGCGAGCCAGACAGCAGAGAGCUGCAGGAGGCUGUCAGUAAGACCACCUUCCAGCAUGAGUUCACCACCCUGGAGCCGGCCACCACCUACUCCAUCUACCUCAAGGCCUACUCCCCUCUGGGAGCCAGCCAGCAGUCCAGCACUGUUGUGGCUACAACACUAGGGGGCGUACCCAGUUCUCCCAGUUUCUUCACCAAGGUGCUGAACAAGACGGCAAUGCAGGUGUUCUGGGAGCUGCCCAGUAAGCCGGGCAAGGUAGAGGGCUUCAAGCUGUCCUACCGCGAGGUCCCCCAGCCCAACUUCCAGGGGCAGGAAGCAUUUCCUGGUCACAUCAACACCCACACCAUCUCCCAUCUAGAACCCGCUGCUGUGUAUGAGAUCCAACUGGUGGCCUACAACGGCAAUGGGGACAGCGCUGCCAACAAGCGUCUGGUUUCACUGGCUGAGAUUGGUACCAGCGCCAAGACCAGCACCGGUGGGCAGAGCCCAUGUAAUUGCAGGCAGGAUGACGAGGGGUCCAUGACUGGCAUUGUGGUGGGAAUCCACAUUGGCAUGGCAUGCAUCAUCUUCUGUGCGCUGUUCCUCAUGUUUGGCUACCGCCGCAGCUUCUUCUGCAGGAAGGGGACCCAAGAUGGCUGGUCAGGGCCCCGAGGAGGAGACAGGAACCAGCGGGCUGGCUCACCAAAAGAGGGGGUGAUCCGCAUGCCCGAGGUCAUUGAAUUAGUGCCUCAGAGAUGUGACUCUAUCACUGCUCCAGUGAUGGUUGUUAAGGGUCAAGCCCCCCCAGCGCAGUGCAAAGUCCUCAUCGAGCAGCCCCCACCAUGCCAGCCUGGCACAGGCACCGGCUAAAGCACCCAAACACCACUCCACUUACCUCCCCCAACCCCAGUCCCUUUACCCUGAGUAAUGAAUGGCUGUUCUAUGGUUCCUCCACCUCACCUGCCCACCAACGCCUUAGCCAUAGUCUGCCUAUUGCAGCGUCCAGCCAUAGUUCUAGCACUGAAUGAGAGAGAGAGAUUGAGAAUGAAAUUGAGAGUAAGAGAUGAUGUGUUGAGGACUUCUGUUGAAUGUCCAAUACCACAAAGGAAAAAAGGUAUUUCUUAAUAGCUUCAAGUAAAAACAAAGUAGAACCAAUGUAGUACCAAUGUAGUCAUGAGUAACUAUUGAGAUUUUAACCCCAUUUCUAGUCAACUUACUGUCUUGUGUCUUUUACACUAAAGCUGAAAGCUUUUUUUUUACAUUUUAUUUUUAGUAUUGAUAGCCAUAGAAGAAAUGGGCACAGACCAUUUAUUAUUCAAGAUUACUCAUUAGGUAAAAUGCUGCUUGCUCAUCUCUGAAGAAAACUGCAAAUUACUAUAGUCCUUAUACAUUCUGUGUGCAUCUUCUUAAAACCGAAACCCAUAAAUAGCUUCAUUUUAUGUAAUUUUAAGUUAAUCGCCAAUGGUGCCAUUUUCAGGUUCUGCCAAAAACAGAUAGAUAUACUGAGGCCUUUUACCAGUUUGAACAGUGAACGUGGCUCUCAGAUUAUUUGAUAUUGAGCUUGAGUCAUUGGAUGAGAUAGAAAGUCUAUUAGUCUCCAUCUUACAUUGAGGCCAGUACCAAAGUGAUUUCUAUGUUCAGCUUGUGAAACAGUAGAUAUAGUGAAUGUUGUCAGUCGAUAGGUUUUCUCUGGUUAGCUCCACAAGAUUGUACCUCAGGGCUACGUAACGUAGUCUGCUUUAGCCUUGCCGAACCUGACUGAGUUGAUAGUUUGUCUCACCGUGUUAGCCUUGAGGCGGUCCGGUGUCAAGGGAUCACAGAUUCAGCCAUUUUUGUUCAACCCCUAUCCCAAACUCUUUGUUACCUUUCUGUUCCCCCACCAAAACGUUUUACCUCCAAAGAUAGCUACCUCAGCCUGACGAGAACGUCAGAGCUAUCAAGGUAACCAUUUUGCCUGUCGUGCUGCUGGUCAAGCAUACCUACCUCAACCAAAAGGGCACUUCUGUGCCCCCUUUUCCUUUUUCUUUUUGGGUGCCAAUGCCAGUCCUGUGCCAGCUGCCACUCCUUGUGUUCAGAGGGUGGUACACUCUUCGAUUCCUUCCUGUCAAGAAAAGAAGGAGGCCUUGGAUUGUAAUUGAAUGUCACUGGGCCCAAUUUCUACCCAGAAUGUAACUGGUUGGAUCUGUGGGUUUGCAAGUUCACUUAUGUUGUUUGACAUUGUAUGAUUCCUGAUCGCCGAUUCUCUGCUUGAAUCUACUGCCAGCUCCUAACCCUGCUAUUGGGUCUCAACACUUUGUCCAAACCCUGAACGUCUGCCUUAAUUUUAAGCGGGUCAUUCAGAGUUGGGCCACUUCAGCUACUGACAUGCAGUAUGGAAGCACAUGGCUAUGAUUCAAGCACAUAUUCUACCUCAGACUCAGCAGCUUCACAAAUGGGUGAUGGAGAGACCACCAUCAUUGAUGAUGUCACAACAAGCUGUCUCGGAGCCCAGCUGUGGAGCACUACAAGAACAACACACAUGUCUCCUCAGUCAAACAGGGAAAGCGAGAUGAAUGUCUCUUUAUUAAGGCACCACCUGCUGCUGCCACCAUCUCAUCUCGCUGGUGGAAGACAUGUGCAACAGGAAACAAAGUUGGAAGCCUGACAGAAAGUGAGUGAUAAAUAUGAACUCACAGCUUUUUUUCGACUUUGCAUGAAAGUAUGGACAUUAAGGAACAUAAAGCCCAAGUUUCACCAUUCCGUUAUGGAUGAAUUUGCUGACGUUCUUGCCCUUUCCUGCAGAAUUCCAAAAUGUAAUUAUAAAUGUAUUUUGUUGCUGAGACGGCCAUUUUCAGGAAGCUUUCUGUCACCAACUAAAGAUGAUUGGUUUGCAGUGCGUCAAAUACCUUUGUUGUCAUUGGAACCUGUUGUUCAGCAGACCAUGGUUCAAUUUCUCGAGUGACUAAUUUGUCUUGUAUUUUGUCUUCAUGUGUAUUCAUAUUCAAUUCUUACCUCACACUCACAAGGCAUGAAUGACACUAGCUUUUGUCGUAGACCGCUGUUUCAACAAAACUUUCAAAAUAUUCUAUGAAAACCAAGUCGAACGAUAUCCAAAGAUGUGUGAUUGUUACGGUUUUCAGUCUUUCCUUGAUUAACCUUUCCCCCCCCCAAAAAAAGUUGUUUUCAGUUGGGUUCCUGUUUUAAGGGGCUGCCAUUAGCCAAUGACGAGACAAACUAAGAAACACACAAGCAAGCUUACACCAACAGCUUACAUAAACCAAAAAAACUAAUUCAAUGAUAAUUCAUGAAACCACCUGUAACACUGUAAAAUGUUCACUGGUUGUUUUUCAUGUGUUUCACUGACAGACCACUUGAGACAUGGAAUUCCACACAUUUUCAGUUUCUUUUCAAUAUAACAUUUUACUUUGAAACCGAAAAUGGGAUAUAUAUUUUCAUAUAUUGUUAAAAGAAGGAUGGAGUUGAAAUUGCCAAAUAACUGUCCUUUGAAUUAUAGAAAUACUAUGACCAAAUAACUCAUACAUAUUCGAACAUUCUAAAUAAUUGAUGUUCCAUUUAUUAAUGACCUAAGCACAGGAAUAUCCGUGUUGUUCAAAAAUCUUGUGGUAGAGCACCGCCUUUCCCCCUUUUGUAACUACUGAAUAAAAUUCCAGUCAAUUUGCUGGAAAUACUCGGGCAAGUCUCCAUCAAGCAUAAGAGGAUUCCAUUUAAGUAAAAAAAAAAUCAGAUCCUCAAAAUAUAUUGUGUUGUAACUGUUUGAAUGGCUGUGAAAGACUUAGCCUCAAUACAAGUUGUGUCUCUAUUUUGUGUGGAGGCCCAUCUUUCAUUGCCAGUUUCUGAAUCUAGUAUUCUGUGCAGAAUUUGAUUAGCGACCGCCACAUACCCUAACAAAGCCACAUAGUGCCACUGUCCUCAAAGAUCAACUGUUUACUCCAGGUAUCACUGAUGCCUUCCUUUAUUUUUUUUUACUGUGAAUACCUUAUCUACCAUUUUUUCCCCAUUUGAGUAUGAUAAGUGUGAUACCAAAAGGAAAAAAGGAAAAAUAUUAUGGUCAAUAUUUUAUUAUUUGAAUAACAAGACAUAAGUUGACCCAAUAUUUCUUUGAACAAAACAAAACAUUUUGAAAAGAAUAGGAUGCCAACAAUAAGUUUGGCUUUUCUUUUUAUAGAACAUUCCUUCUUCUUUCCUUUUAUACAUUUUCCCUCUCAAGGCUGUCCUGCUGUGUAUGGGAAAUCUUGCCAAAAUUAAGACCCAUUAAUGAGUUCCUUUUUUAAAUGUUAUUAUUGUUAUUAAUAUUAUAAUUAUUGGCAUUUUUGGAUUCCCUACCUUUGAUUUUCAUAUUGGUUGGCUCUUUUAGUUUCUGUUUUAUUUGUAGUUGAAUGAUGUGGGAAAUGUUUGCUAGAAAUUAGAGAAUUUAAAAAAGAAUGGUGUGUUGUCAGCAAAAGGUAGUGUAAAAAGCAGCAUUUUGACAUUGAAGGAACGAUACCUCAAACUGUCGUGCAUUCUCCAAAUGUAUAUUCCCUCUCUUAACUCCUUUAGCAGCAGCUCAGCACCAACCAUGUUAAGUUAAUUUGCAAAGAUGGACACUUGCCAUACUAAAAUAAGCCAUAUAGGAGUUUUCCUAUGCCAUAAUUUACACCACUGUUGUGUAUUACAGUCCAUACUUUGAUAUCAGGUUACUGAAUUGGAACCUAUCAAUUGAGUACAGUAUUUCUUGAUGCCAGACGCACAACCUACCUCUUGCUAAAAAUUUACACAUAGUUGAAAAACCCUGAAAUGUAGUGAAUAAAUGCUCGAACCAAUGAAAAAACCAAUGCUUUAAUGUUCCUACUUUUCUAAAAAAAAACAUUCCUUUUUGUGUGUCAUAAGAACCCCCCACCCAAAGCUUUAAACUGCUUUUAAACUAGUUACAGACCAGAUGAGAGGAAGACGUGUAUAAUGUGAACUAUUAUAGCAUAACUAGAGGCCGUAACGUUGAUCAUUUGUUGGUUUUUUAAAACUGUACAAAUGGAUCGUUGUUUGGUUAUUAAUUGAAUUGAACUAACGCAGAGUAAGAUCACAUUGUAGUUGUUUUUGUCCCUGACUUUUAUACCAUAGGUCUCUGGUUGAUAUGACUGUUUGAAUAUGUAAACUGUUUCUUUAUGUUUCUCCUUCUUUCAGAUGAAAUGACACCUGUAAACCAAAUAAAACUAAGAUCAUUAUGUAGA